AUGGCCUCCUCGUCUGCUGCUGCCCUUGCUUCUGGCCAGCCUCUCAACGCAUCUCCAAACAUCAACCAGGGCUCCUUUGAAAGCGCUCGCCCUGACAUCUCUGGAGAUCGAAGUUGGACUCCAACGCUCUCCAGAGGUUCUCCGACAAAACGAGCUCGAAAUGCUCCUAGUGCUAGUCCAGCUGGAGUCCCGAGCCAGUACGGGCCCGCGUCACCCGCACGUCGCCAUUCGAGGCAUGCCAAUGCAUCGAGCGGCGAUGCUCUUGGCUCGCCCUCCAAUGACCAGGAGAAUCUUCCAGCUUUGCAUCACGAACAGGUCGCUCGAGGACGCGCGACUUCUCCUUCGCCGAUCUCCAGCAGCCAAAACCCUUCAGACUACAGGGGUGUAGAGCUUCACAGCGAUGAUCGCUCUCGGCACAGAAGGGUCAGUCCGAGCAAGGCCCUUCUGCAAAAGCUGCGUCGUUCGCCGAGCCCAAAGAGACGCAGUGUGGUCAGUGCGGGAGAUCGUAAAAGCGUGGAUGCAAGCGUGUAUGCGUUACCCAACAAUGCUGCGCAAACCCACAAGCGUACCAGCUCCGCGGCUCCUCCAACUCCGGAUGUCGGUGCAGAGUUCGAGCAGCUCUUGGUGAGUGUCUGGGGGGCCGAUGAACACGAGAAGCGGCGCAAGACGAGCAAGGCUGACAACCUCACUGCUCACCUUGUCAUUUGGUCCAUCACGAUUCGAUUUGUAAUUUACCCUACCACGAUUCCGGCGAUCAUUGUAGGACACGCUCGAGGUCCCUGCGCCCCUCCGAUCCAAACUCGUUGCUCUGGAUGCAGGCGUUAAAGCAUCCAUGCUCAAAGGCAAUGCGACUCUCAAUCUCAGCAGCUUUGGUCUCGACCCCAAGCGUCGUAGCCAGGUACUGGCCAGCGGCACGGGUGGUGUUUUAUCAUCGAACAUGUACGGAAUUCUUUCCCCUCAAGCCGGUGUAAACGCUGGCCAGAGCACUCCGCAGGACGUUUUCAGCGGUGUCAGUACCAGCAACCUUUUCUCGCCCGUCAUGCCCAGCGCGCCUCUGGGUCCUGGUCAAGAUGUCGGUGCCACUAAGCGACACAGUGGAUCGUUCAAUAUGCAAGCUUCAUCUUCCGCUCGAAGUUUGGCGACCGGCUCCAGCUCGGCUGUGAGCUGCGCCACGACGCUCAGAUGUGCCCCAGCACCCUCGCUCGACGUGUCCCGCGUCAAGAGAAUUCGAGCCGCGAUCGCUUGCGAAACUCCCGUUUGGAUCAAUGACUUCUGCAAUGCUGGCGGCUACGUAGCUCUGUGCGAAAGACUGGAGGAACUCUUGCAGAUGGAAUGGAGAGAGGAGCAGCAUGACGACCACCUCUUACACGAGCUUCUGAGAUGCUUUGUCGCCUUUGGGACUACCGAGGUGCGUAGUCUCACUAUCGUCUGUCAGGAGUGCACCCGCUCACGUCAAGGCACCUUGAUUGCUAUGACGACCGCAGCGAGGCAAAGCCGCGUUGGUCAGCAGAGCGCCUGCGCCCUUCGCUCAGCUGUGCAGCCUUCUUUGGAGCGAGAAGAAGCCAGGCGAUCUGACUACUCGGAGGUACUUGGUCGAAGUGCUCCUGAUGUUGCCAGACCUCGAUCUCGGAAAGGUACAGGCUCUGCCCCCUCGCGAAGGCUCCUCGCUCCACGUCUGCGCCCAUCACAGACCAGGCCUGCAGCUACUAUUGUCACUUGUGCACAACGAGCCCAACCCCACAGUGGAGACGAUCGUUCAUUUUGUCCGAGCUGGCCACGCUGCACGACCUUUCAAGGCGUGGAUGUCUGAGCUGAGUGGAGUCUGCAGAGACUACUUCUGGAUCUUUUGCCACUCUCAAAAUAGAUUCUGGCACUUGCCCGACGUGGACCAGAAGUCUGCUGCGGGCCCCAAAGUGCCUGGUGGUAUGACUGGAGGAGUAGAGUUCGAAGCUAUGGGCUAUUUGGUGCGUGCACGACAGCUCCUUGCAGCUGCAGCAAGACGGUCACUGUCCUGGGAAGCUGACGACCCCUUCCCUUGGACGCCUACAGACAACGCAAUUUCGAGUGAUCAAUCGCAUUGGUGCUGAACUAAGCGUCCACGGUAGACGCCACUCUGAUCAUACGAUACCACCUCCAGCCCUCGAAUUCCACCAGCUUCUGUUCGCGAGCGGCAUCGAGAGGGUGAUCGCCACGCUGCGCAAAGCAUCUCAAACGUACUAUACACCCAUGCAUCUGGAACUAGCGCGCUACAUCUCUCUUUCUGACGCUGUGGGGAUGACAAUGCCACCCAGCAUCGAUACAUGGAGGCCUACUGCAGCACCAGCUCCAUCGCUGGAGCGACAAAUUCGCAACGCAGAUUACGGCAGCUGGCUGAACAUGAAUACGCCUAGCCCACAGGGAACGCCAACCAAGCCAACAAAGGCGCCGGACCACAAAUCCCCCGCACUUGCUGCUUCACGACCGCCAAACUCGAACUUCAAGGCAGUCGCUGUCAACCAGCGCGCCGCGGUGCCUAGCGAUGUCAUUAGACCGACGCAGCAACGCCGAGGUAGCGUGGAAAGUGUAGGAGUCGGAGUGGCUCGCAGUCCACCUGGCAGUCCCGACCGCAAUCCCAUUGUGCUGGCGCCUAGCACGUCACCAACGCCGAAUUUUGGAUCCUUCCUCCAACCCGAGGAAGCAGGCACUUCAGACACUACUACUAUGACUACCCGUGAUGCGGCGCUUGUCAAGCGUGUUUCCGACAUGACGAGUCUGUAUCCGCCGCUGGUGGAGGGCGAAAGGCUGCCCAAUCCUCACCCUUCACCGGAUCCCAGUGGAGAUAGUAAUGAUGUGGGCAGCACAGGUACCAGGACCGCGAGCGAGCCAUCCAGCAGCUUGCCGAGUACUGAGGUCCAUCAGCCUGGCCAGGCGAUUGGCUUUGGCCCGCUAGGCUGGGAGCUUGUCGACAACCCCAGAGCGCAACAGCAGACACUUCCCCAAGGUCUGCGACCAGGAGCUGCAGACAGUUUCGUUGGGUCGGCCAUUCGCCAAUGGGAACAACGCCGCGAUGCAUAG